AUGGCACCAAUCCGUCUUGGAAUAAUCGGCUUGAACGCCUCUAGCAGUUGGGCUGUCAAUGCCCAUUUACCAUACUUGCGCAAAUCCUCGAAAUAUAUCAUCACAGCGUUAUGCAAUUCUUCUGCAGAUAGCGCUCGUGCUGCCAUCAAGGCUCACUCACUUGCGGACAACGUCGCAGCAUACGGCUCCCCAGAAGACCUCGCCAAGGACCCCAAUGUUGAUCUUGUAGUAUGCUCUGUCCGAGUCGACAGACACUAUCAGACUUUGCUCCCAUCAGUCAAAGCCGGGAAGGAUGUUUUCUGCGAAUGGCCACUCGGAAAGAAUCUCGCAGAAGCCGAGGAGCUCGCAAAGAUUGCGAAGGAGUCGGGGUCCAAGACUAUGAUCGGAUUGCAAGCCCUCAGCUCGCCAUUUAUCAAAAAAGUCAAAGCGUUAAUCGAUGAAGGCAAGAUUGGGAAGGUCCUCAGCUCAACAUUCACUGGAGCUGCAUACAAUGGCGGGCCACAGGAAUGGGCAGAACUACGCUAUAUUACGACUAGAGAGAUUGGAGGCAAUGUCCUCACCAUACACUUCAUGCACUCAAUCGAAGGUGUCUUCCAAGUUCUCGGCGACCUAGCAACCUAUAGCUCUAUCAUCGACACCAAGCGCCCGAAAGUCGAUCUCACAGACAAGGUCCUGACUGAUCCGUCCCGCAAGGUUGUCGAAACGGUCACUCGGACUUCGCCAGACCAGUUUCUCGUACAGGGACACUUCAAGUCUGGAGCUCUCUUCUCAUAUCACCUGCGCGGUGGAAAGUCGUUGCCAGGCGAGGGCCAAGGCCUCGAUUGGCGCAUCUACGGUGAGACUGGAGAGAUAAAACUUACAGCUGGGGGUGCGAUGAUGAACGUUGGACACCCUGAUACCAAGAUACAGCUAUACCAAGACGGCGGCGAACUUGUGGAGGUACAGGCCGACAAGGACGAAUGGUCUGAGCUGCCUCAACCAGCACAGAAUAUUGCGCGUAUAUAUGAAGCUUUCGCAGAUGGAAGGACAGACAAUUACUUGGACUGGGAGACCGCCGUCGUUCGUCAUAAGCUGAUUGAUGAGCUGUACAGGAGAGAAGCAGCAGGUGCUCAGGACAGCGUGGCAGAAUACAUCAAGUAG